CAAUCAGUCAAGAUGGUUCACCAAGGCUCCUCCAUUGAACUUGACCCAACCCACAGAUCCUGCAUCGGUGGGAAAACAGUCCUCACAUGUCGAAGCUGUGCUGGGAAUGCCCCUAGAAACUCUGCUAGUAUCUGCAGCAGCUGUAGGGGCCACGGAUUCACCAUGUUUGUCUGCUCACACUGUCACCCAGAUGCAGCCACCAACCACCGCAACGCCUCCGCAGCAUCCACUGUGUCUACCCCAGAGUCCCUGAGCCGGAGCUCCUCUACGUCUGUCUCAUACAAUGACCGGUUGCCCGCUGGUGGACGGGUAGAGAAUAACCCUCGUCGGACAUAAAGCGGUUUUACAUUUGGGAUUUGGAUUAUGCGGUGUGAUGUGGUUGCUUCUUUUCUCUGGCCAUAUUUGUUGAGUUGAUUUGACCAUUGAAUUGACCUUUGCCCUCUUGUUUGGGCUACUGUUGUUUGUUAGUGAGUUGGGGCUGUCUCGCUUGAGACCGGUUCCCUAUAGUUAUAUAUCGUAUAUAGUCAGUUCGCUUUCAUGACAGUUCUUAUUAUUGGUA